UCUCCGCCACCAUGCCCGAGUCUCGUUCAAAGCACCCCCUCGUCUGGAUCGACUGCGAAAUGACAGGCCUCGACCUCUCAAGAGACACAGUCAUGUCCCUCUGCUGCUUCAUCACCGACGCCCAACUAAACAUCCUCGACGACCAAGGCUACGAAGCAGUCAUUCAUCACUCCAAAGAACAACUCGACGCAAUGGGCGAAUGGUGCACAAAUCAACACGGCAAAACCGGUCUCACAGCACAAUGUCUUGAAUCCGAAAAGACUGCAGAAACAGUGGCUACAGAGCUACUCGAGUAUAUUCAGAAAUACUGUCCGGAGAGGAAGAAGGCCCUGCUGGCUGGAAAUACUGUGCAUGCCGAUAGAGCUUUUUUGGUUCAGCAACCGUAUACACCGGUCAUGAAGUGGUUGCAUCAUCGUAUCUUGGAUGUGUCUGCUAUCAAGGAAGCCGCCAAGAGAUGGGCUCCUGUAGAGGUCAUCAAGAAGAGUCCAGGAAAGGCUGGCAAGCAUGAAGCUAGAGCUGAUAUUCUUGAAAGUAUCGCCGAAGCAAGAUACUACCAAAAGGCCUUUUUCCAGAACGGCACUGUGCCAAAGGAAGAGCCCGAGGCUGAGGCCGACACUGCCGAGGUCGAUGGUGAUGCUCAUGGCUCAAUCAUUGGUGACAAGGAUGUCAAGCCUCGCGAGAUCACACAAGAAGUUGGUGCUGGAAAGUCCCAAACUACAGUACAGAGUCUUGAAGCAGAGGGUUUCGGUGCCACAUCUGGACAGCAAGAUCUUGACAGAAAUGGAGGUAACCGCGAUUUGGCCUCGUAG